GCGCAUUAUUAUAUUAUUUGAGCACCGAUGACUGUGGGUACUGUGUAGUGUGACUGCGGUGGUGACGCAUAAUGUGACUGUCUCAGCAAGCUGCAGGCCCCAGCUCUCGAUCUCAGCAGCGCCAGUGGCAACAGCCUCUUUUCUCCUUCGUCUGCAUCUCCCGCCAUCUCCUUCGUCGUCGGCAUUAUCGUCCUCGUCUCCGAAUUGACCCUUCCGAGAAACUCUUCAUUACCCUUUCUUGACGGUCUCCGACCUCCUAGCCCACCUUCCUUCAUUCCCAGCCUUUCGGUACCAGCUCAUUCGGACAUUCUCGCUACGUCCUCCCACCCAUCUUACUACCGACUCAUUCACAAAGAUCCAGAUAUUACUAGUCCCACAUUCGACCUGACAAUCUCGGCGAUAUGGUGGCGGACCAGAAGAUCCGACCCCGAGAACCCGUUCCCAUUCCAAGUAGCAAUCCGGCCAGCCAAUAUACCCUCCUCGAGAAGUUGGGCACAGGAAGCUUUGGGACCGUUUAUAAGGCAAUGCACAAUGAGACGAAACAGAUAGUAGCGAUAAAACAGAUAGAUCUAGAAGAUUCAGACGACGACAUAUCAGAAAUUCAACAAGAGAUCGCCAGCCUUGCACAGUGCGAUUCCGAAUAUGUCACUCGAUAUUAUGGAUCCUUCGUCGUUGCCUAUAAGUUAUGGAUCAUCAUGGAGUAUCUUGCUGGAGGAUCAUGUUUAGACCUCUUGAAAGCAGGCUCCUUCUCAGAAGCACAUAUCGCAGUUAUUUGUCGAGAGCUCUUAUUGGGCUUGGAUUACCUACAUACAGAAGGCACCAUUCACCGGGACAUCAAAGCCGCAAACGUCCUCCUUUCGUCCUCUGGGAAAGUCAAGUUGGCCGAUUUUGGUGUGGCUGCUCAACUCACAAGUACCUUACGACAUACAUUUGUCGGCACGCCAUUUUGGAUGGCACCAGAAGUCAUUCGUCAGGCUGGUUACGAUGCUAAAGCGGACAUGUGGAGUCUGGGUAUCACUGCUAUCGAAAUGGCAAAGGGAGAGCCACCCCUCGCAGAGUAUCACCCCAUGCGUGUGUUGUUCCUCAUCCCAAAGGCUAAACCCCCAGUACUGGAAGGGCCUUUUUCGGCUGCGUUUAAAGACUUCGUGAGUCUAUGUCUCACGAAAGAUCCUAGAGCGCGACCUACGGCGAAUGAAUUAUUACAACACCGAUUUAUCCGUGGAGCACGCAAGACUUCAUAUCUAACAGAACUCAUAGAGCGAUACCAAGACUACCGAUCACGGUCGCCGCAGAAGGGCAACCAGAUGUACCAGGCAACCAUACGGAAUAGUAUGCACUGGGACGGGAAUGUUAGUAUGAGGAGUGACUGGAAUUUUGACACAAUCAAGACGUCGUCGGUGAUGGGGACUUUCCGUAGCAUGGCGAAGGAUUUGGUUAUUUCAGACACCGAAGAAGAUGCUUUCGAAGAGGAACCGGCGAUGGAUACAAUAGAUACUGGUGGUGCUACCAAGGGGACAGGUGGAAUGAACGAACCUGGUGGCCAGUCCACAAUGGUCCUCAAGGAUGCCCCCACAUCAUCAUCUUCUGAGAAGGAUAUGGCCUCCUUACUCGAGGCGAGCAACGACUCUUCGGACUCUGGUGAUUCUUCUCCCCAAGAGACCACACCGCCGCCAGCUUACAGUGGAUCGAUGCGCAGUAGUCGGCGAUCAUCAUACGCCGCUCGAAACAGCGUCAAUGGUGCCGGGACUGUCAUGCGGGAAGCAGAUUUUGGGAAUGGCAUAGAUACGAUAAGACCGGUGAAGAAGGUGGAUGCAGCUGGCUCGUUGAAAAUGUCGGCGGAACACGUUGGAAAUCUUCGGAGAGAAGGAAGCUCCUCUGUUCCGACGUCGCCUACUACACACAAGCGAUCCAUUAGUGAACUGGGAAGAGCAGGGACGGCGAUAGUAGAUCAAGUUGUACUUCCCAUCCUGGAAAAGGCGAAUCGGGAUGAUAUGGAUGCUCGGGAGAUUGAAUCUCUGAGUAUGCUCACAAGGGGAUUCACGGAGCUUAAGGAUUCCAAUCCCGAACUGGCUUACAAUAUCGUUCUUGACAUUUUAUCAGGCAUCAACGAAAAUCCUACAGUACGACAACAUAUACAAACAUCCCGAGGACUAUUCCCCCACAAACGAAUCAUUCGAAAGAGUGAAAUGACUGCUAAGGGACUGGUCGUGACUGAGGUGCAAGAGGAGAUCUCUGGACUUCCCAGUUCCAGCAGUAGUCAGAGUAAUCAGGAUGGGAAGAACGACGACGGUGCAUCUGCUAUCCGUCGAUCACCAAUUGCGGAGUUGCUCUACAUGCGGUGGCUGGAUGGCCUCAAGAUUAAGUGGCCGAAUAUCCUCUAAAAACCUCCUUUCCGCUUCUUCCAACAUAUCUUAUUGUUCAGCCUAUUACGAGCAUCGAAAUAACGAACAAAGGCUCGGUUUAUCUCGGACGUUUACACAGCAUCUGCCAUACGGCGAAUUUAAUGAUAUUUAUCUUUUUGUUCUUCUUCACAUCCGCAUGUCGUUGUUGAGUUGUUUGUUUCGUUUCGUUGUAUCGUGUUGUUUUGGGUUGUGCUCCCUGCUAUUCCGUUUGUUCGACGUUCUCUCUUACGGACAGUGUUAGGCUUCUGUCUCUCCCGUUUCCUUUUCCCUUGUUCGCUCCACAAUCCACAUAUUGAUUAGCCCCCAUUUCCAUUCAAGACACGCCAUCGAUCCCGGUAUUUAAUGCUUCUUCCUAUGCUAUUCACGAUCAUCUGCACGAUUUCUCACUACUUCUCUCUUGUAUGUCUCCAACGAUAGCUAUAGUUAACGAUACGAUAACAGAGUUGUACUCUUCACGACAAUCAAUCAUGACAUCG